ACGGAGCCGCCCGCCACCAUGAGCGCAGACAGAGCGGGCAGGGUCCCUCUCCUGCUUCCCCUGGUCCUGCUGUUGGCUGCUGCAUCCCAGCCCCAGGACGGAGACGUCCCCAAGGAGCCCUCAGCCAUGGAGCCCCUGCGCUGCCCCAGCCCCUGCGCCUGCAGCUUGGAUGACUACAGCGAGGAGCUCAACGUCUUCUGCAGCGGCCGCAACCUAACGCAGCUCCCCGACGACUUCCCCACCAACGCCAAAGCCAUCUGGCUGGAUGGCAACAACUUCACCCAGCUGCCAGCCGCAGCCUUCAGGAACCUCUCGGGGUUGGACUUCCUGGACCUGCAGAGCAGCCAGCUGGCCGCCGUGGAGCAGCACGCCUUCCAUGGCCUGCGCAGUCUCUACCACCUCCACCUGGAACGCAACCGCCUCAAGUACCUGGCGCCCCACACUUUCCUGCACACCCAGAACCUCGUGUCCCUCAGCCUCAACAACAACCUUUUCAGCAAGGUGGAAGAAGGGCUGUUCGCAGGGCUCUCCAAUCUGUGGUACCUGAACCUGGGCUGGAACUCGCUGGUGGUCCUGCCUGACAAGGUUUUCCAUGACUUGCCCAACCUGAGGGAGCUGAUCCUGGCUGGAAACAAGCUCCCCUACCUCCAGCACCAGCUCUUCUGUAGCCUUACGGAGCUGAAGGAGCUGGACCUCAGUGGGAAUGCACUCAAGGGCAUCAAGAUCAACAUCUUCGUCAAGCUGCAGAAGCUGCAAAAGCUCUACUUGAACAACAACCAGAUCAAUGCCAUCGCACCCCGCGCGUUCAUGGGCAUGAAGUCUCUCCGGUGGCUGGAUCUCUCCCACAACCGCCUCACCUCACUGUACGAGGACACCUUUCUGGGUCUCCUGAGCCUGCACGUCCUACGCCUGUCCACCAACUCCAUCACCAGCCUGAGGCCCAGGACUUUCAAAGACCUCCAGUUCCUGGAGGAGCUGCAGCUGGGACACAACAGGAUCUGGAGCCUGGCAGAAAGGACCUUCGAUGGGUUGGGCCAACUGGAGGUCCUCAGCCUCAACAACAACCAGCUGCAGGACAUCAAGGCUGGGGCCUUCCUUGGGCUGUACAACGUGGCGGUGAUGCACUUGUCUGCCAACUGCAUCAAGACUCUGCCCGAAUACGUGUUUGAGGGAGUCACCAAGCUGCACAGCCUCCACCUGGAGCACAGCUGCCUGAGCAAGAUCAGGGCCAACACCUUCUCCAGCCUCACGAGCCUGCGGCGGCUCUUCCUGCAGCACAACGCCAUCUCCACCAUUGAAGACCAAAGCUUCAGAGAACUGCACGAGCUGCUGGAGCUCGACCUGAAGCACAACAGGCUGAGCCACCUCUCACCCCAGCUCUUCGUGGGUUUGAGCAACCUGGAGUACCUCUUCCUCUCCUUCAACCAAAUCAUGGACAUCUCCCAGAACACCUUCAGCCCGCUCCGCAGACUCUUCUGGCUCGACCUCUCCCAUAACCAGCUGGCGACGCUGGACAACGCCGUCAUCACGCAGCUUGCCAACCUACGCUACCUCAGCCUGAAGAACAACUCCCUGGAGACCUUCUCAGUGGGAUUCUUGUGCCCUUCCUUCACGCUGGAGCAGCUCUGGCUUGGGGGGAAUAACUGGCACUGCAACUGCUCACUGAAGGGGCUGCGGGAUUUCGCCCUGCGGCACCCCACCGUGGUUCCACGCUUUGUCCAAUCCGUCGCCGAGGGGGAUGACUCCCACGUCCCCGUUUACACCUACAACAACCUCACCUGCUGCCAGCCCCCCAGCCUCGUUGGCCUGGACCUCCGUGACAUCAGGGAGGAGAACUUUGCUCACUGCUGACACGUGACUGCCACCUCCCUGUCCCCAUCGCUGUCCAUGGUCUGUCCAGCCCUGGCCACCUUUCUCCGUGUGGCACCAUGGGGGACAGCCAUAUCCACUUGGAUGGGCACCUGGGGAAGGCGAGGGGGGACAGGAAGCAUUGGCAGUAUUUAAACACCAGCACGGGGACAGAAUGAAGCAUCUUCCUGCCACGAAGUGGGAUGCUGGCUGGCUUCGCCCUGUGCCCACCUGUGGGCAGCCCCCAGCCUCUCCCAGGGCCCCACACCUCACCCAGGGCCCCACACCUCACCCAGGGCCCCACCAUCCCCAUCCACCAGCAAGACCCCAAAAAAGCAGCAUCAGAGCCCAGUGUGUGGCACCUGGGGUCACAUCCACCCCAGCAGGUUUAAAGGGAAGAAAAACAGACAACCCAAAUUUGCUGUUGAGCCCUGCUGUAGGUUUGGGGAAGGGGACAGAUACUCGCUUGAAUUGCUCCUUGCCACAGCCAACGCAGGUUACAGAAAGCCACCCAUGUCACUUACCUGAUAAUUCACAGCAGACAAAUAAACCUUUGGAGCUAUUGCAACCCAUCUU